AUGUCUCAGUUUGAGUUUGAAGCGGGAGUGAACGAUUGUCUGAAGAAGCUUGAAGGUCCGUUGUCUGGAGGACCUAUUCCACGUUGGCAAAGAAAGGAACGAGACGGGAAUCUAGCAUGCUCUGGAAAACCUUUUUCACCUCUUCAAGCAACUUCCCGAAGCCGACUCACAUUAAAUUUGUCGUCACAAACCUAUACUCCCGGCGGCAAGAAGGCGAAAACCCCUUCCAAGUCGCCAAAGAAAACUCCGCUAAAGUCUCCAAAGAAGUUUGGACUUUCUCCUCGCGGGGACCGGUUUAUCCCAGCUAGACCGCUUGUAGACUGUGAGUGGAGUCAUUUUCAGAUAAUGCAGGGAAGUGAAGCAGCUGAUUCUGUUUAUGAUAUGGAACUGGAAGGAAACGAUGAAUACCAGGCAACCAUGGCCGAACAUUUGGGAACAAAUUCUACCUGCAAGAUUCUCCGCUUCAAGUCUGGUGCUCCAAUGACCAAAGAAGGUUGUAUAUAUAUGUUGUUAUGUUAAGAUAAUACAGCUAUUAAUUUAUGACACAGAUUCAUCACAUGUAGCAAUCAGUUUGUGUAUUCCAAAUGAUCCAUCUUUAAUGAUGUUAAUAAACUAAAAGUCUGCAAUAUUAUUGAGUCCCACCAGAUAACCAGAAUUCCACUCUAUUCUCUAGAAAAAAGUCUUAAUCAUCUUUUUGUUUUGUUUUUGUUUUUUAUUUUUUGCAUAGGGCACCAGAAUAAACUGAGAGUUUUGUAUUGUCAGGCCAAACCCGCAGCACCUAAAGUAAAAUCCUCAAGGCAUAUUCCACAAGCAGAGGAUAGAAUUUUAGAUGCUCCCGACCUGUUGGAUGAUUAUUGUAAGCUAGAGAGAUACGUAUAAAUGAAGGCUCUGAGCAAACUUUUCUUCUUUUCCAUUGCUUCUAACAAUACUCUGUACAGUAAAUUCCUUAAUGAACAAGCUAUUUUGUGCAGUUUGAGAAAUUAUGAUAGGCCUUUUGAUUUAUUUCCUGAGCCAGGUGUCUUUAAUUUGUGAUCCAAAGGUGAAGUCUAGCUUCAUACUAUAGAAUUUACCUUGUUGGGAAUGUGAACUGAUGUAAGUAAUAAGAGUAGGAAAUCAUGUUUUAGCCACGUGCGUGUUUUCAACUGGAUAAAGAAAACCACUGGUUUACUAAGGAAAGGGAGCUUAAUUGCAAAAGAUGUGAUCAGACUAUUUUUUGAAGUAUGCAGGGACAAAAAGAAAAGAGUAAUACAUAAGAUUUGACAUUUCCCAUUGUGUUGUCAAGGUACCAAUUAUAUGCGUAAUUUUUUACUUUGAUAAGACGGGAUAAGAAUGAUUUAUUUAAUAUCUUCGGAAGAAAUUGUCCCAUGUGCAAUUAGCAUUCAUGUAGAAUUGACAGUUAAAUGUAUUCAUUUCAGAUCUGAACUUGUUAGAUUGGGGAUCACUGAAUCAGUUGGCCCUUGCUUUGGCUGGUGCAGUGUACAUUUGGAACCCCAGUAAUGGUGAAACUUGUCACUUGAUGCAGUUGGAGGGUGAAGACUAUGUGUCCAGUGUAAGAUGGAUUGGGCAAGGAAGUAUCUUGGCUGUUGGUAAUAGCAACUGUCAGGUCCAGGUAAUAAGAGAACAUUCCUCUUGAUAGCAGAGUUCUCGGUCCGUACUGUAAAUUAGGGACCAAGUUUUAUUCCAUCAAUUUAUGGCCCAAGCAUGAAGUGCAUGGGCCAUAAAUCAAUACAAAAAAAAGAGGAUACUAAAUUUACAAUAUGGAUCGAGAAAACAAGGCUAAUAAAAUGUUUGUUACAUGGCCUACUGUUUGGGGGAACCAAAAACAAGUGCAGGACACAUGAUUUCGUAGGUGUCAAUAAAGGAAGUUUUUGUUGGCUCAUGAAAAAACAAUAGUGCAUAACAAAGGCUCUCCUAGAAAGUGAAAACAUACGUGCCUUGUUGAAAAAGUUUAUUUGGUCAAAACUAAGAGCACUGUAAGUUGGUCUUUGUAAAAAAUACUGCAAAUGGCAAAGAAGCUUGUCAAGGUAAGUUUGUUGUGUCAUUGUCGAAGGAUUUGCUCAUUAAUUUUCUUUGGUCAAACGUCUCAAAUCCCUGCCAGUCCAUUCUUGUCUGUUUAAUUGUGAACUGUGUCAAAACUUUCAAACUAUGACUUGAAUCCUCUUCCUCACAGGGCUGUCAUUAAGAGGCCGGUGCCAUGGAUUUCUUCAGGCUACAAUGAGUGUGGCCCCUGGCUACUUUCAUAGAAAAAUAGAGGAAAAAUAGAACCAAAGGAAAUCCCUAGCUGUUUUUUCCCUGCCUAUUUGUUGUAUUUACCUGUAACAUGAAAUCUUAGUGACAUUAUUCCAGUCCUCAGUAAUGUUACAAUUCCAGGGUUUGCACAGUCUUGAAAAGUCCUUGAAUUUUAGGGGAAGUCCUUGAAUUCCAUUUUCCUUGAAAAGUCCUUAAAUUUCCAUGUAAGUCCUUGAAAAUUUCUUGAAUUUUCUUGUUCUUUGAAUGUAGUGGCCUGGAAAGUGUUUUUUAAUGAUUUUGGUUGUCCAAGACAGGAUAUGAAUCAUAGCUCAGAGAAUUUAAAGGUUAUUUGUACAAAGUGCUCAAUGUUUUAUGUAGUAAUUAACUAUCAAUUCAAGGCAAGUGAACUGAAAAAUGUAGAGAAGUUGGUAAGCAUACAGUUCAAGCCUUAAAGUUUCAGAAUUUUUGUCUGUUUUUGUAGAAUCUGUGAAAUUAUAUUCUGUAGGUGGACCAAAAGUCCUUGAAAAAUAUUGACCAAUCAUCAACUUUGUCGAGAAAACACAGACUUAGCCAUCCAAAAGGUUUAAUUUUAAACAACCAUUUAGUUUUAGAAUUUUUGUGUGUAAGUAAGUUACUGUAUGGACCACAUAUUGACCAAUCGCAGGUCGAGAACAGACUUAGCCAUAAAAUAAUUUGGUUUAUUACAUUCCCAGGGGGGGGGGGUACUCCCUUACAAGAGGCUAAUAGGGAUGUGCCGCUGGAUGGGGUCGCAUUUUCACGACUGGACUGACUAUAAUGGGGUUGCAUUUUCAAUAGAUUUACUAGAAUGGGGUCGCAAAUUUUUGGCAAGUUAAUAACAGAAUUCACUAGCCCGAUUCCACCAGCCCCGGGCCAUCGAACACUACUUUCUUUGCACGCUAAGGGUUACAUCUUUCAUGGUCUGAAAAACUAUUAUUUUUUGACAAACAUAACAUUGCAGUUGUGGGAUGUAGCACAGUCAAAGUGUAUUCGUGUAAUGGAGGGUCAUGUUGCUAGAGUCGGAUCACUUGCCUGGAAUUCUUUCAUUCUCUCAAGGUAAACAAAUAAUAAAUUUGCAUAAUUAUUUGCCAAACUUUGUGAUGCACCUUGAACUAUACUGGGAAGGAGGGGUUAGGGUUAAGCAGAGCCUGCCCUUAUAAGCCAUUGUAGAGAGUUCCCCACCCCAGGCCUUAUACAACUCAUCCUGUACAGUCAGUUUUUUGCAGAUGACAUGUGAAGGUCACUUAGUGUGAUUAAGAAUUGAGUCACUUUUUUUGUUUCCUCAGCAGGGAACAACUUAUUUUUUCACAUACUUUAAUACAGUAUGGAAGCCUGCCAUGCAACCACCUAGUCAAUAAAACCAUUUAUUACCAACACUCAAACUUCUGAUGUUGGCCCAAAGUUUAAGUUGGUGUCAUUUCUUAUUUUCAUGAACACAAACAAUACAAUCAUUACUUUUUUUUAAUUUAAAAGUACAUAUUAAAGUGUUUUCAGAGUGAGUAAAUUGGGGUAGCUCAAGUUGGAGAAGGAUGCUUUUAAAUCUCAAUUGCUACUAAUAUGAGCUUUUUUAACUCUUUAGACUAGAUAUACAAUUUGUAAUAUGAGCCACAACAAUUAUUGUAAGCAAGUAUCAGUACAGAUAUGCAAUUUUAUAUUACUUGUACCCUGUACAUGCAAAAUGUAAUGUAUGGAUAAAAUUGGUACAUUGUGUAUUCUGGGCCUAGUUGUGUUCACUGGUUAAUGUGGUUCCUUCUUAGUGGUUCAAGGAGUGGUGCCAUCCAUCAUCACGAUGUUCGAGUAGCAUCUCAUCAUGUGGGUUCAUUGCUGGGUCACAAUCAGGAAGUAUGUGGUCUUGAGUGGUCUCCAGAUGGUAAACUGUUGGCUAGUGGUGGCAAUGAUAAUGUACUGAAUAUUUGGGCUCAUGGCGGGGUAGCCGAGCUGGAUACCAAUCCACUACACGUACUCACACAUCAUCAAGCUGCCGUCAAGGUUUGUGUCAGUAGCCAUCGUCACAAAAACUUUGCAAACCUUUGUAUCAGAGAUUAAGUAAUGAUCCGGAUAAGGUGGAUAGCAAUUUCUUUUGUUAUGCGGCAACGGUGCUUUCCCCGCAUGGGAAUGUUCUCAUCUUUACACAGAGAAUGCAUAAACCUACAUGAAGGCCAUUUACGCAACAAAAUGCACUUACACUCCACUUUGAAAGGGUGGUUUUUUUUGUGUUAAAAGAUUUUGACCAAUCACAAGAGUUGAAAACAAUCGCCAAGAAAAGUUUACAAUUUUACAUGUUCCCCACCUAGGUUUUCUUUGUUAUUCAAACUGAGACCAGAUUUUGUUAAAUGGAAGAUGUUUGGAAAGUAAGGAUGAAUAUAUGUACCGCUUUAUGAAGUUUUGUUAACUUUUGCUGUUUAAGCCAAGCAGAAGUAUAAUACAGACAAUAGAAAAGUUAGCACCUUUUUUGCAUUCCAACAUGUUCAUUGCCAUUGUUGCUAUCGUUCUUAUCUGGACCGUUUCUUAAAAGAAAGGUUUGGUAUGGUGGUUUAUUACUGUGAUUUGGCUCAGUCCUUAAUCAGCCCACAGUGUAUAAUAUUAUUAUUACAUCAAUAAAAGUUCACAAUCCUCUAUUUUAAUUAAGGCUGUUCUCUGUACUCUGAGAUGUGUUGUUUUCUUCCAAAGCCUGUUUAGAAUCUUAUUCAAACAUGCAAGUGUCAAAAAUGAAAAUGUGGUACAAUCUCCAAAUAUUUAACAUUUAUUGAAUGAGGCUGAGUAUCUGAAGAAUUGUGGAGAUCUUGGGGAGUGUUAUCCGCCUCGGCCGUAUAAUUCUUCAGAUGAUAUGAAAGCCAAAUUCAAUAAUUUAUAGUUUUAUUAUUCAUUCAAAAUCAUUCCUAGUUUAAAAACAAGUUAAAACAUGCUUACCUCCAUGGAUGUUAAGUUCAUCUUUGAUAGUGCAUGUUUAUCAGAGAUAAAGGAUUGUUCAGUUUUGCAAAUAUUCUCCAAAUAGCAGAUGUCGUCCGCCCGGGGGGAGACUCCAUAUGAAACAGACGGGGAUGCUCGUCAGAAAUUUUGAAUUUAACCCCUAAAGGAGACCAUCUGGGCGUGGCUCAGCUUUUGUGACCCCUAAAGGAGACCAAUCUGGGCGUGGCUUAAGCACAUUUUUGACCCCUAAAAGAGACCGCUUAAAAAACACACAAAUAUGACAUGCAAUGAGUUUUAGUGAUAUAAAGACAUAAUCAUCGAAUGCUUUUAUCGAAAAGUAGUUUUUAAAAGCAUUGUCAUAAAUCAAGUUCUUCAGCUCCCUAAACGAGACCUUGGCGGCUUAAAAUAUUGGCGCUUUGCCCGAACAUCCCGUCUGUUUCAUAUGGGAGUCCCCCGGUUCUCCAGUUCUCUUUUUACUCUUCUUGCUGUGUUUUUAGCCAAAAGUUCACCUAUUUUUUCCUCAUGAAACAAGUGAAACGUUCCACCAUUUUGUAUCACUACCAAAACAACUUAAACUCGAUCGUCCCCAGGUUUUCUUGGGUAACAGUACAAUAAUCUGGCAAUUUUGCUGCGUGGUUGACAUCAUCAGUUCACAUAUCACAAAAUUCUUCUGACAAAUUUGGUUGAGAGUAGCGGGUUAUGAUGAAUUAUGUGUGGGAUUUUAGAAAUGGAGAAAUAUUUUGAAUGUCUGAGUAACAAUAUUUCUAUUGUGAAGCUGAUUUUGAUCUUUUCCCUGAAAGGGGUACUCUUCCCUUGCUCGAGCAAUACCUUAACUCGAAUUAGAUGCAACCAAUGGAAGGAAACUAAGAAAAAUUAUUUCAGCAAUUUGUUCAGGACUUAGGAGCCAUCGACAUAUUCACUUUUUUCCCACAUACCGUCAACUGGGUGUUUGGGUCAGACCCCCCUCUCCCCCUCCUUAACGUCUACUUAAAAUUUUGCUGCCACAAAAGUCACUGCAUUCCAGACGGAAUACUGACAUACAUUUUGAUGGUCCUGCUUUCUAUUAAAUUAUGUCGGAAGCACCGUUCCACACAUAACAUAAAAUUUAUGAAAAUGGACCAGUUUACUUUUGUCCAAAAAUGCCCUGCACUAACGUUCACUGCCUUACCCCCUCCCCCCCCUAAACAUACAGUUGACCUUAAGGGGAGGGGGGAACUAAAUAUGUUGACAGCCUCUUACUAACCCAACUAGAAUAAAGUUGGCUUUACUUUUUUAAGUGCAAUCCUUUCCUGUGGUAUUUUCCUUAAUGGUGAAAUACAAUACUGUAAAUGGUUUCUUUUUGUCUGUAUAACAAAAAUAACAUUACACGGCGGCUGAAGAUGUGAAUUUUAUUUUCUCGUGGCAAAAACAAUAUUUAACUCACUCGCUGCGCUCGUUCGUAAAAUUUGUGACACUUAUGUAUUGGGUUGUUGCCAAAACAUCUUUGUCAUGACCACAGAGUUUGGGGCUAUACUCAAGAUCGGGAGGCUCUUUCCUGAAGCACAACCUCUUACCCUCCUUAUAUACCUAUCAACUAUACCUGUAUCUUUCACUGAAAAAUACCGAUUUCACUUGCACACUUUACGUCCUUUUAAAUAUAUAAAUGACAAAUUUCGAAGGCCUACCCUUUUAACUUACCCGCCAAAUCCUUAAAAAAGUAUCCCUUGCAGGCUGACCUUCCCUGUGUAGGCCAUGAUAGAAAGUAGUUCUCCCCAGGUCUUGACUGUAUCCCUUUAAGGCAGUUGUAUCUGUGUUAUUUAGAAAUGGUAUGCUUCAAUCUGAAAUUCCUACGGUAUGACAGGACUAUUACCGGUCAUCCUCGGAGACCCAGGGGCAGAUAGUGAGGGCGAGGUAAAAUCUAAACGGGCGGAAAAAUAUGGCACAAAGAAAAGUAAAGAACGGCGAGAAGAGCCCCUGGGGACAAUAUCUUACCAGACCAGUUCCAAACGGUCGCCGCCGUUCUGGCUUCUGAUUGGUGCCAGAAAACUUUUGUGUUUAUCUGCCCAGUCAAAAGGCAGAACGGCGGCGACCGUUUGGAACUGGUCUAGUAAGACAUUGUCCCCAAGGGCUCUUCUCGCCGUUCUUUACUUUUCUUCGUGCCAUAUUUUUCCGCCCGGUUAGACUUUCCCUCGCCCCCACUAUCUGCCCCUGGGUCUUCGGGGAUGAUUGCCGGUAUAACUGGUGUACUUUUUUAUGUAGGCUUUGGCUUGGUGUCCAUGGCAACCAAAUGUUCUUGCAAGUGGCGGUGGUACUGCUGAUCGUCAUAUUAAGUUUUGGAAUGCAAACACGGGAUCAUGUCUCAACAGUGUGGACACUAACAGCCAGGUGAGUAGCCAUCAUGGAACUAGCCUUUGUACGGAAUUGUUAAGGUACAUGGCGAACACCUUUGGCUCAUCAACGGUGCAUUUUUGUUUGAGCAUGUGCACCACUCUAGUCAACUGCGACCAUAGGUAGGACGUGAGCGAGAUGUUCGAUCAGUGUUCGAUCUGCAUCUGACUGAUUAUCAUUUGUUUGCGUAACUAUGUCUCUAUUUGGCCGUCUUGAGGACUCGCCUUCUUUGAUGUGCCCCGGCCGUUCUCAAAACUCUCGAAGACAUUUGGUCCCGAAAAAGUGCAUGACGUUCAUUAGCAGAAAUACGAUUUUAAAGAAAUUUCUAAUUGAAGAACUGGAAAACUUUAAUAGAUCGAGAAGUGCGUUGCGGCGUACUUUGCACAAAACUCUUGAGGAUUUUUGAAAAUUCACAAGGCCUAAACGGGCUGUGUUGUUUAACAGGGUAUGGUUUUCAGGGUCUGGGGCCCGUUUCCCGAGAGCCCUGGAAACUGUUGAAUGGAAGCACAGUUCCUAGCCUACAAGCCAGUCAGUUUUGCUCCAUUAACUGAUAGUUUCAUUGUAUUAUUUUCAAAAUUAUCGAAACUUUGAUCUUGGAUGAAAACACAACAAACACAAAACAGUUUUGAACAAUCAAUAGUCCUCGAGCAAAUAUGUUUCCAGUGGGGGAGGCCAAGUUUGGGUAAGUGACGCAUAGGUCACUGGAAGGGCUACCCCAGGACACCCGGGGUGGAUUUGAUUUGUACAGUGCCCAGGUCUCAUUUGCUUUAGCCUCCCACGCAGGCGUUUUUAGGGGAGGGAUCAAAAACGAGCUCCCCUAAAAACGCCUGCGUGGGAGGCUACAUUUGCCUGGCUGCGCGUUGGUUUCGGCUACUUUGGACUAUAUCUUUCGAGUUUGCCAAAGUCUGCUGGAUUCGUUUCUCUAGCUGGGAAAGCUUCAUUAGUUUCCACAUUUGGGGCUGUUCGAAUUUCAUGGAAAAAGUUGUGUUGGAAAGGGAGCGAUUUCGACUGAGACUUCAUCUCGUGCCUUUUAUUGUAUGGAGGGUGAAUGUGAGCAAAUUGUCAUGAAACUUCGUUUGAGGUUUAAGAACAGCUACAACAACUAACUGCAGAGUAGGUUUCACUGACUUUUAUUCCGUAUUUCUUACAAAUUUUAAGAUCGUAUUUUGAUCCCAUACAAACACUAUAAUUGUACUGGAACCGUACGAACCUGGGUUACUUGUGUCCUGACCAUACAACUCGCUGCACAAAAUGCUGGUCAAAUUUAACCAUAAAACGCUACGCUAACACAUCUGUGAAAGUUAACGCACAAAUAGAGGAAGUGUGCCUACGGACGAUCUCCUCUCUGAAAGGAUAUUCUUACCCAAAGUUUUAUUGCAAGAAUGAACUGAGUAGUCAGAAACCUACGGCGAAUACAGUUAGCACUACAAGAAAAACAACUUAAUGCUGAGUGCGCAGUGAGAUUAGGUCUAAAGGACUUCUAUUUAUCAAAUUUACUUGGUAUUUGUCUCUCUCUUUUCGAAACUAAAGCUUAACAAAGUAAAAUAUAGCACCUACGAAAAAAUCUCAAGUUUUUAGCGUCGCAGGUUCCCGUUUUGAGGAAAAAUAAACUUACCAACUCCAGUACUUCUAACCAUCCAUUUUCAGCUGCAAUGAAAACCCUUAGAGUUGGUAAUUUAUUUAGGAUUUUUAGACUUGCGUGUAUCACAUUGUCACGGGAAGUUUGCCACGUAGGGAUAUAGAUGAAGACUAAGACCCUGUUUACAUGGAGUGGGGGACCCCGGUCUAGUGGGGUAGGUUUCUUUUGUUUUGUGUUCUCCAGAGCGUGAAAACAAAAGAAACCAACCCCACUAGACCGGGGUCCCCCACUCCAUGUAAACAGGCCCUUAAUACGCGAAUGUGAUGAGUCACGCCUGAAUAAAUUACCAAGUACAAGGAUUUUCAUUGCAGCUGAAAAUGAUAACUUUCCGGAUGCUAACAACAGGUAGUGAGAUUUCCGGAGAUGCCUUUCUUCGAAAAGGCCACUGCAGUCAAGGAACAUGAGCACUUGAUAUAUUCUAUUAAUUUUAGGGGCCAUACUGUUGAGUUUUAACGAAGAGAAGUUUGUAAAACAGCAAAAGUGUUCUAUGUGCAACAAGCAAUAUUCCCACCACUAAAAAGGAUCAGAUUACACGAGGAGAUAAGGAAAGCUUGACACGAAGAAUACAGUCGCUUCUGUUGGAAAAUCUCAGGUGUUAGGGAAAAAAUCUAACCAGCAAACAAAAAAAAGAGAACAAAAACGAAUUACAAGCCUAAAGCGAACGACAAAGGAAAAGAAAACAACGCCAUUUUUUUCGAAACCUGGCCGAGUUCAGUAAUGUGAAACCGAACCGACAGUAGAUUUGUAGGUGGACUUAAAAAAUUAUAUUCCCGAUCGCUUCCACUGCAAAGCUGAUUUUAUUCUUUCAAGACACUUCACACUUUUACAUAGCAGGUUUGUAAAGCCACCAGACUGAAUCUGAGAACUGACUCUCCUCCGGAACCUCAUAAAAUGUUACAUGCAUAACACCUUUUCAAGAAAAUAAUCCUUGCGACAGAAAGGGACCAAGAAACGGUCAAAUGGGGAAAAAAAGGAAUGUUAUUCCUAAGCAAAAUACGCAUGAUUUGCUCGUUGGCACUCUAUCGAUAGGUAUACCUAGUUCAGUUUCCUGGAAUAAAGCUUUGGGUAAGAAUACCCUUUCAGAAGUCCGUGGGCACUCCUCCUCUAUUUGGGCAUGUUUUUAGCGUCUUUCCCUAGUCUCGCUCUCCGUUUUCAGCUUCUCUCCAGACCUUUUGUUUUACUGAUCUGGCGUACUUGAAUACGCAAAAAUACGGACUGUUUUGUGGUCUAAUAGACCAUUUUCGAUACUUUAGAGUGAUUUUGAUUGAACCGUGAAAUAGGUAGUAAAAUACUGCAUACUAUUAUGCACUAAUUCUAAACUAUUGUCUUCUUUUGUUUACCUCUCGCUGCUUUGCACUAUUUUUUAGUAUCUGUUUCACGGUUCAAGAAAACUAACUCUAAGGCCCUGUCCACACUUAUCCGUUUUGAUUUGAAAACGCAACUUUUUGUUUACGGAUACGGCUUCCGUCCACACGUAUCCGAUGAAAACGAUCAAUCAAAACGGAACUUUUCGAAAACGCUCUCCAUAGUGGAACUUUUUGGAAACGCUGUUUUCGCGUGUACGUGGGCAUGCGAAAACGGAACUUUUCGCUGAGGUCACAUUAUCAGUUCCAAUCCACUCCGCGCAAUAUUAGCAUGCGCAGUCGGGUAAGUCAUCGUUUUCAAAUCGAUUCAUCGCAUACGUGUGGACGGGCGAAAACGCUACGAGUGGACGCGAAUUUUUUUGAAGACGGAGAAAACAAGUUUCGUUUUCAAACGAAUACGGAUACGUGUGGAUCGGGCCUAAAAUUCAUACUUGGCUCCGAGGCUUGCGGGAAUAAUAAAAGAAAUGCAUUAUUCAUUAUUGAGCCUCAAGAUGAUUUGUUUUGUUUUAUUCCCCCAAGCCUCGCAGCCAAGUAUGAAUUUUAAUAUAUCGGAAUUGGUCUAUUAUGGAAGAGCACUGAUGCGUCCUGACUGCAUCUCUCCCACACUUAGAUUAUACCGUUUUCUUUUUCGUCAUAAAAUUAACUAGAAUGUUUGGCAGCAGAUUGAUUUCCAGGUGUUUAUCUGCUUGAGAAUACUUCAUGGAAAGUGCUGGCGUACGGUAUUUACGCACGAGUUGUUGACAUAUCAGAAAUCGAACGAGUGAGCGCAGCGAACGAUUAAAAUUUCUGAUACAAAAACAACGAGUGCGUAAAUACCGUACAAAGCACUUUUCAUGUGGUAUUGUGUUUAUCAUAAACAUACUGAGACAUUCGUCAUUUUGGCGGCCUUUUUAUUUUAAAUCUUUCAAAAAUGUUAAAAUUUGCCGCUACAACAAAAAGCUUACGUCUCGUUCUGUUUACCCCUUUCCGCUGUUGUUUCCCCGGCUCUCUACCGUUUACUUUAUCAACAGUGAAACAAACGAAACUAUUGCACUCCAGUUCCGAAAUGUUUUUCACUUUUUUGGCGAGAAAAACUCAUGGAGUAAAACUUUUCACGUUGAAUGUGUGCGAAGCGGCGCUGCAAGCUGCAAUAAAAGGCGGGAAUUUUGGCGCGAAACUCGCACACCCCUGUGGCUUCUGAUUGGACGUAUCAUUUUUCUCACGCGUGAAAAAACAUCGUUCGCGAUUCUGAUUGGACGUAUCAUUUUUUUCACAUGUGAAAACCAUCGUUCGCUCCUCUGAUUGGCUAGAACUAAUUUGCGUACGAAAAUUUACGACAUAGCUUUUUGGUGAGUAUUUCUCAGUAUGUAUAUAAUAUGUAUUUGUUGGGCUUUCGUUUGUCGACUAUGAGCAUCAAACAGCCGGGAUAUAAUUUUGAGUCACAAUUAUUGAUUGUUGGGUAGCCUGCAAGCAGGCUCACUUGUGCGUGUUCGUAGAAAAUUUUGGCGGCGCGAGCCGGCAAACGUGAAAGCCGGCGAGACUACCUAAGGAGAAGAAAAGGUCGAGGAAAAGUGAACAAAAUCAAUAGACCUCGUGUAGGCUCACUUUUGCAGGCUUCGCCACCAAAAUUUUCCUCCCAAUUUGCACAAGUGAGCCUGCCAGCAGGCUGGUUGUUAGGUAGACUUUCAUUAAACCGGAAUCCAUUGUUGUAAAUCUACAUUGUCAUUUAUGUUCCAUUCUUGAUCCACUGUCAUCCACCGACAUCUGUUGUUAUCUGUUUUUGUUAUACUUGUUUUAACAUUAGACUAUUUCAGAUUCCGACAUAUGAAACAUAACCGUAAUAGACUUCUCAAUAGAAGUUUUGAUGUUUUGUGUUUAAGUCGCUUUUCUUUGCUUUGUUUUGACACCUCUGGCUUUGCUGAAGAGCCUCCUACUUUAUCAGUGAUCACCUCCUACUUAAAAAUCUAUUGAGAACCCUGCUCUUAGUUUGUGUGUUUUGUUUUCCCAAUGGAGUUUCUAGGGAGACUUUACUCUUUGUCUUUUCGUAAAAUUAUGGGUAGAUAUGCGCGUGAAUAAGACGAAAUUUGAAAGAAACAGUUCUCUAAAACAAAAACAUGCAAGUUUAAGAGGUAUAUUGUUUUCCUUGCAAAUUGAGAAUUCAUUUAUUGGUGAGACUAUUGAUUGUGACUUGAGUUUUAUUCUUAGGUGUGCGGACUACUGUGGUCAAAAGAGUACAAGGAGUUAAUAUCCGGCCAUGGAUUUUCGCAGCAUCAGCUUACAAUUUGGAAAUAUCCAGCCAUGACCAGAGUCACGGAGCUUACGGGUCAUACAUCGCGUGUUCUUCAGAUGGUCAUGUCACCUGAUGGCCAGUAUGUUGCAUCUGCUGCUGCUGACGAGACUCUGCGCCUGUGGAAAUGUUUUACUUCUCAACAAAAGAACAAGAAAGCACCGGGAAGAGGGGCAGCUAAAGAAGCUGCUUGUUUGAUGUCCUGUAUGAAGGUUCGGUGA